AAGCCAUUAGUACUAAGACCUAAUUAGCCGGUUGUCUUUUUGAAAUCUUGCUGGUAAAAGCAGUUUGGCGUGAUUGUGACUGUAACAUUUAAUAUCGAGAGGUUGCAGGCGACGACGAGGUUCCUGAGUUGUCCGACAGUGAUGAUGAGCUAUGGCAGUCUAUGGAAGAGGAAUCUGAAAAUAUGUCAGUGUUGUGCUUGUUCUGCGACAGGUCUUUCCGCACGGUCCCUGAAUCUUUACAACACUGCCGAUCAGACCAUGGUGUGGACAUCCCAGAACUGGUGAAAAGACACAGUCUUGAUGACUACGGAUACAUAAAGAUGAUAAACUAUAUUAGAACAGUGAAGUGCACAGGCCAGAGUUUGGCUGUGCUGUCAGGUGGCAUUUUACCGUGGGACAGUGAUGUUUAUAUGAUGCCUGCCCUACCAGAUGACCCUCUGCUACAGACAGAUGUGGAGGAGCUGGCUGGAGACGUGGCGCAGGUGCUGGGCUCUGCACCGAGCCUGCAGACUGCAGCCUUGCUCCACAGGGCCCAGCAGGCUGAGGAGAGGGCCCAGCGUGCAGAGGAUGCUCUGACCCGAGCCAUGGACGACAUGCAUAAACUCAGGUUGCUAGCCCAGGGCCUGGUGCUCAGUUCUGGCCCGGGACAGGGGCCCUCAACUCCAGGGGCCAUUGCUGAGCUGCGAGAGGAGGAGGAUGAGGCUUAUUUCAGUUCAUAUGGCCAUUACAGCAUCCAUGAGGAAAUGCUCAAGGACAAAGUGCGGACUGAGACCUACCGAGACUUCAUGUACAGCAACCCAGAUGUCUUCAAGGACAAGGUGGUGCUGGACGUGGGCUGUGGCACUGCAGUCCUCUCAAUGUUCGCUGCACGCUCUGGGGCUAGAAAGGUCAUCGGUGUUGACCAGUCAGAAAUCAUUUACCAGGCCAUGGACAUCGUCAGAUCGAAUCAGCUAGAGAACACUAUCACACUGAUCAGAGGGAGGAUAGAGGAAGUAGACCUGCCAGUGGAUAAGGUUGAUAUCAUCAUUUCAGAGUGGAUGGGCUACUUCCUCCUGUUUGAGUCCAUGUUGGAUUCGGUGUUGUAUGCCAGAGAUCGGUACCUUGCAGAUGGCGGUUCAGUUUACCCUGACUGCUGUAGCAUAAGUUUAGCAGCAGUGGGCGACACCGAGAAACACCGUGACCGCAUUGCAUUCUGGGACAACGUGUAUGGCUUUAAGAUGGAGUGCAUGAAGAACUCGGUGCUUUCUGAGGCGGUGGUGGAGGUCUUGAAGCCCGAGACACUAAUCUCAGAGCCAGCAGUCAUUCAGACAUUAGACUGUAAUGAUGUGACCAUUUCUGAGCUGGAGUUUACUGCAGAAUUCACCCUGAAGAUAACAGCCAGCACACACUGCACUGCUGUGGUGGGCUAUUUUGACGUUUUCUUUGGCAGAGGCUGUGGGAGCAAGAUGAUGUUCUCCACUGGCCCGCACUGCACCAAGACCCACUGGAAACAGACUGUCUUCCUGCUGGAGAAGCCCUUCCCAGUCCAGACAGGUGAAGACCUGCCAGGCCAAAUCUCCAUUCGUAAGAACAAGAAGGACCCUAGAGCACUGCUGGUUACUCUGACCCUUGAUGACCAAAGGCAGACAUACAGCAUCCAAUGAAGGUUGCUAGUUCAGGUUUUGCAAUGCUGCUGUUGAUCACCAGUCCAGACCUCACAAAAGUCAAACUCCAGUACUGCAGAAGAUCGUUGUCUUCCAGAAGACUUGGUGCAAUCUUUAGACUAAUCAUGUAUUAUGGGGGACACUGGAUUGACAUCAUUCCUUAUAAACUGAUCUAGUGACACAUUUCUAUAGCUAAGCCCAGCACUAAAAGACUCAAUUUGGCAGUUUAUGGCACAUGGCAAAAGGAUGAGUUAAACGUUGCUGAAGCCCACGCCUGUAAAUGUUAGGACUUCUGUGGUCCCUAUACCCCCAUCUGUUUUUAAAGCAAGCAGCCAGUCAGCUCUUAAAAGUGCUGACAAUAGAUUUGUGUGAGCAUGCGGUGGUGAAGCUACAAGGGUCUAAAACGCAUUAUGAGUCAUAUUUUUAUGAAAGUAGUUGAUGGUGGUGCUGGCUGUGAAAUUUUGUUUUGCUUAAUAAAGGCUUCUGGGACUCUUUUAAA